CCCUGUGAUGCUAAAGCCAGCCUUGAGCUAAACGGACCAAAUUGAACGAUUUUAAAGGGGGAAGAAAUUGCUAUGUUAUUAUUUACCUUUCAUAAACUCACUAGUGAUGUCACCGCAUAAAGAUAUUAAAUUUCCGCCUUUGACACCGUCACAAAAACAAAGACUUACAUAUGGCCAUAGAGUACAAAAUGACACUGUCCAGACAUCAGAAGAAAGCCAAGGAGAAAGUGCUGGUGUUGUUUCUGCACAACGUGCAGUGAGAAAGUUGUGCUGGACUGGUAGCAGUUACAUUUAUGCUGGACCAGGAAGAAAGCCUGAACUACUGAUGCACCUGGAGAGCUAUGUAAACAAGGAGCUUCAUACUAUGAGCUCCCAUGAGCCAAAUUUUCAGGAACUGAAACUACAGGUUUACCGUGAUGUCUUUGGUCUUUUUAUCAAAGAGUUCAGAACCUACCAACCCCUUCUUUCAGCCAUCAAAAAGGAAUAUGAAAACACUUUAGCAUAUCAGCAGGAUCAAAUCCGACAACUUGAACCACUGCGAUCCCAUCUGAGGCUGGUGACAGAGGAAUGUGACAGGAAGAUUCAAGCUCGCUGGGCAGAGGAGCAGGCUGAGAUUGAGGUUUUGAAAAGGGAGAAGCAGCAACUGCAGAGGGACAUUGAGGCCAUGAGGGAGAAAGAAAAGGCCAUGCAGGCAGUGGUGGAUCAUCUGCAGUCUGAACUCUCCAACCAGUAUCUGCAGUACCGGGAGGAGCGUGAUGCCCGCAAGUUGCUGAUCUGGCAGCUUAAUGACCUAAGAAGAGGAUCUGUGAAAGAGGAGCAUCCUGCAGAUGGAAACACAGAAGAGGCUAAGGACCCUGUGGAGCUGCAGCUCGCUCUGAGGGUGUGUCGGGAGGACCUGACUAAAGCCCAGGAGGAGCUCAUCAGGAUGAAGGCAGACUACUGGGAUGUCGUGCCAAAACGCAACUGGGACACCCUGGAACAAACACACAAAGAAAACCUCCUGCAGCUGAAGACGCUGCAGGGUGACUUUGAUCAGUUGAAGGGUGAGUAUGACACCCUGCUGAAGCUCCAUAAAAAAGGCAGCAUGCAGAAGGAGACACAUGACCCCAACACUGUGCAGAUGGAUGAGAGUGUGUCCCAAGGGCAAAGCCAGAUUCAGUCCAACCACCUAAAAGAGCCGACCAACUCUGAUGCCCCUGAGAGCAGCACACUCACUGUCCAGGAGUUUAGGGCGGCCCUGAGGACAGCACUCCCUCAGAAGUCAGAUGAGGAAAUAGAUGAACUUGUGGCCUCUGCUCAAAGCGAACCAGACAGCAGCAAUGACACCAUCUCUUCUCAGAGACUCCACAGCCUGCUAGCAGAAUCCACUGUGACGACCUUACCUCCAGUUCCUGAAGAAUCAGAAGAAAAUUCUGCAUCAGAUCACCUUCCAGCCAGCGACUGACUGAUGUACUAUUCAUUUUAUUAAUUAUUGCUUAAAAAGGUAUAGGCCAACUUCAGCCAUUCUUGAAUCAUAGAUUAUUGAUUAUUCACACAACACAUUUUUAAACGUGCAAAUAUGCACAGUAAUAUUCCAAUAUCACUGUCUGCUAUCAAUUACUUAAAAUCAAACAAUGCUAUUCAUGUCUACUGUCAUUAGAGUUGCAGCAGUACUCUCAAAAGUAAGGAAAUGUUUUGUGAUUUGAGUGACCUGACACUGUGACAUUGUUACAACCAUGUGUGCCUUGUGGAAUGAGAUAAUAUCCUGCCAAAUGCAACUUAUCAAAAUAUGAAUAAAUCACUAUAUACUUGUAA